AUGAGAGCAGGAAUUUGCAGCAUACAGCUACAAGCUUUGACACCAGAGGCUGUAACCCUUGUUAAGCAAGCUGUUAAUCUUGCCACAAGAAGGGGUCAUGCUCAAGUUACCCCUCUCCAUGUUGCCACUGUCAUGCUUUCAACUUCCACAGGCCUUCUCCGAAAAGCUUGCCUUCAAUGCCACUCUCAUCCUCUCCAAUACAAGGCACUAGAACUAUGCUUCAAUGUUUCCCUCAACCGUUUGCCAGCAUCCACACCAAGCACUAUUUUGGGUCCUCAGUAUUCAACCACUCCCUCACUUUCCAAUGCCUUGGUUGCAGCCUUCAAACGUGCUCAAGCUCACCAACGCCGUGGAUCCAUUGAGAAUCAGCAGCAACCCAUUUUGGCCUUGAAGAUUGAGGUGGAACAGCUCAUAAUAUCUAUCCUUGAUGACCCUAGUAUUAGCAGGGUCAUGAGAGAAGCUGGUUUCUCUAGCACCCUUGUUAAAAGCAAGGUUGAGACAGCUGUUUCAAUGGAAGCUUGUUCACAACAACCCUCCAAGGAAAACAAUAAUAAGCUUCAAGUGUCCCCAUCUAUAUCUUUUGGUCAAUUUGGGGGCUCAUUCAUCAAGUCUAUAGACCAUGUUUAUAGUGAUGUAGAUGAUGUAACUAGUGCUUUGAGUGAACUUGUGAGCAAGAGAAGAAACACUGUUAUUGUUGGGGAGAGUCUUGCUUGUGCUGAGGGUGUAGCUAGGGGAGUGAUGGAAAGGUUAGAGAGAGGCAAAGUUGAAGGAGAGUUAAGGUAUGUGCAAUUUGUAAGUGUUCCUCUAGUCUCCUUCAGGAAUAUUAGCAAGGAGGAAGUUGAAAGGAAGGUUGUGGAGCUUAGAGGCCUAGUGAAAAGCUAUGUGGGAAGAGGGUUUAUUCUUUACUUGGGUGAUCUGAAAUGGUUGUUUGAGUUUUGGUCUAAUUAUUGUGAGCAAAGAACAAACUACUACUGUUCUGUGGAGCAUAUGGUGAUGGAGCUUAAAAAAUUGAUCAGUGGAAAUCGGGAGAAUGGUAGACUGUGGCUUAUGGGGGUUGCAACUUUUAGAACAUACAUAAAGUGUAAAGCAUGUCAUCCCUCCCUUGAAACUAUUUGGGAGCUUCAUCCCUUUACAGUUCCAGUUGGUAGCCUGAGCCUUGGUUUAAAUUUUGAUAGUGAUUUUCAAGUUCAGGAGAGAAGCAAGGUAAUAUUCAAGGACGAAUCUUUUGUUGAUAGAGCCAAAGUGCGCAAGCAUCUAACUUGCUGUGGAGAUUGUUCAUUGAAUUUUGAAAAAGAAGCUAAAAGAAUCACUAAUAUGAUUACUAUGAGCAAGAAAGAUUGCACUACUAGCUUGCCAACAUGGCUCAAAAAUUGCAAGGAAGAGAGAAGUCAUCACAUAAUGAACGAUCAGGAAAACCAUAAGCUUAGAGAUAUCUGUAAAAAAUGGAACUCGUUCUGCAAUUCAGUACAUGGAGCGCUUGAGAAACAAUUUUUGUUUGAUUCGUCAUCUCCCUCAUCCCCUAAUACUUCAGUCUCUUCACAUGAGAGAAAGUGUAGCUUGAAUCUGGGUCCCAUAAUUUGGCCAGUCAUUUCUGAAGCAAACGAAGUACCUAAAGAAUGUGACUUACACACUGAGACUACUGUUAGAGAUGAUUGCGAUGAAGGAAACUUAAUAAUGUUCAUGCCAGAGAGCAAUGUCCCUAAGCAAGAUCUUCUGUCAAAUCCUAACUCUAGCCCCAACUCUGCUUCUUCAAGUGAGGCAGUGGAAGGUUUGGAUAGCACUCAAAUGGUCAAUGAACAUAAUGAUGAGAAUCUGAAGAUUCUCUGUGAUGCAUUGGAGAAAAAGGUUCCGCAACAGAAAGAAAUAAUUAAGGAGAUCUCAAGCACUGUCCUUCUUUGCAGGUCAGGAAUGAGAAAAGGAGGGAAUCACUUGGUGAAGCGAGAUGAUAGACAAGAAACUUGGAUGCUCUUUCUAGGUGUGGAUUCUCAUGCAAAAGAAGUGGUCUCAAAAGAGUUGGCAAAAGCUGUUUUUGGCUCUUAUGGUAACUUUGUUGUCAUUGGUAUAAGCAGUUUCUCUAGUACAAGAGGUUAUAGUAAUUCCACUCAUGAGGAGUCCAAAAAUAAAAGACCAAGAGAUGAGUUUGGUAGCAGUUAUCUUCAGAGAUUUGGGGAAGCGGUGAAUGAGAAUCCUCAUAGGGUGUUCUUCAUGGAAGAUUUGGAGCAAGUUGAUCACUUUUCCCAAAAGGGUGUUAAGCAAGCAAUUGAAAGUGGAAGUAUAACAAUUCCUGGUGGUGAAUUUGUACCUCUCAAAGAUGCUAUUGUCAUUUUCAGUUGUGAAAGGUUUAGUUCAGUGUCAAGAGACUCUUCUCCUGCUAGAACUUCUCUAACUAAUGGAAUCAUAGGGAAAGGGAAUAUUGAUAACUUGGAGGAGAAAACUCCAUGCCUCUCUUUGGAUCUCAACAUAGCUAUUGAAGUUGAAGCGCAAAAUGUGCCUUUAGGUGGAGACACUGCUGGGAUCCUAGAAUUUUGGGAGGAUAGCUGGCUUCUUCCCCAACAUAAUCUUUCUCAAUUAGCACUCCAGCCUGUUCUUGAUACCAAGGAUCAAGCUCUGCCUUGCAACCUUUUUAACUUGGUUUGGAGAUGGGAGGACCCUCCCAAAAUAAUUUUUUUCUUAUGGAAAAUUUCUCAUGGAAAGCUUCUUCCUAAUGCUGAAGGAUAUAAUCGUGGAAUGACUAACUCUCCUUCUUGUUCUAGGUGGAAGGAUGCUGAUGAAACUAUAACUCAUUUAGAGCAGCUAGUUGUGGAUGACUUAUUAGAGACAACCAUGGUAGACUGGUAG